AUGGAAGAACAAAACGCUUUGAAACAAGAAGAGAGCGAUGCCGCAAUGGCAAGGCAGCUGCAUGAAGAGAUAAACGGAUCCGCUGCGACUCAUCAACCAACAACAGGGAUGCCAAAUCAGCCGUCUGGCAUUGCAACUGCACAGUGUACUGUCUGUACUUUUGUCAAUACUUUUAGUGAAGUUGUUCCAGGGACUCAAUACACUUGCAUCCAGUGUCACGGAAUUCUCCCUUUUCCCACGGUCCAUGCUAAUGCUGAUACAUCAAGAGGCAAGCAGAAGUUAAUGAAUUGUACUGCAUGUCAUUCUUUGAACAGGAUUCCACGGGGUAAGUUCGAUGCCGUUCUUUGCGGCGGUUGUUGCCGCCAGCUUAAAGACACACCACCAUCAAAUGAAGUUUCACAUCCUCAGGUUACCCCUCCUGCAACACGACGAGUCCAGGUUCGCUGUGGGGAGUGUAGCAGCAUUAAUGCCGUUCAGGUUGGUAUGGAUGUAACGGAUGUUCGCUUUGAAUGCGGCUCGUGCCAAACAAUCAAUGAGGUAUCUCUGUAG